AACUUUAAUCAGUCCCCACCUCGCGCUCGUUGCCUCGCUCCUCUCUCUCUCUCUUCCUUGAUUUUAACCUCCAUGCGAAACAUCUCACCCGCUCUAUUCGUUUCUUAAUCUCUUUAUUUUCCAAACCUUGAACGAUGCAGGCCAGUGACAGGUUUAAUAUUAACUCCCAACUCGAGCAUCUUCAAGCUAAAUAUGUUGGGACUGGGCAUGCUGAUAUGAGUAGAUUUGAGUGGGCGGUUAACAUCCAACGUGAUAGCUACGCAUCUUAUGUUGGCCACUACCCCCUUUUGGCUUACUUUGCUGUUGCUGAAAAUGAAUCAAUUGGGAGAGAACGCUACAAUUUUAUGCAGAAAAUGUUGCUGCCCUGUGGUCUUCCACCAGAGAGAGAAGAAGAUUAGGUACUGGAGAUCUUCAAGCCGGGCUAUCAUUCCUUUUAUUUUAUCGUCUUCCCUUCCGUUGUAUGAAACAAAAUGUUUGCAUAUUUCUAUUUCCAAACUAGAUGCUCUUCAAUGUGAAUUGUAGGAGAUAUAACUAUUCUUAUUACCAUCUAUGAACUAUCGUAUGAAUUGAAAGUAUUUCUGGUUCGCAUAUGAAUUGAAACUAUUGUAUGAAA